AUGAGCCCAUCGCACACCCCGGAGAGUCCAUGCAUCGUUUGCCGAGCACCUAAAGGAACCUACACGAACGUGCAAGCGACAGGCAUUGGGGCGAUCGUCCUUGCCGGUGUGUACACGGUGCAAAGUGCGGAGAGACGUGCCCCGCGCCGGCCGCCCCGCUGUGAUCUGCAGGCCCCGGCGGCAGUUCGCCCCCCUGUUGAUCGCCAUGAUGUCAUUUUCAUUGUCAAACUCGUGUCACAUCCUGAUACACACCUCCAACGGGUUGUCGUGCUGGCUGCGCUUCAAGCCACCACAGGUGAACGGCAAGUGGAGUCUGCAAGUCAGCGGCGGGUGCAAGGGGCUAUACCGCUUAUCCCUCUGCUUAUCUCUCCGCCCACAUCCCUCCUCGAUGCCAUCACCACCGCCCACCGCCCAGCAUGGCCCGUGGCGCCUCUCAUCGCCAAGGUCGUGACUGCUGUGGCUAGACCAGACUGGAGAAACCCAAAGAUGUCCGCCAACACGCCGGACUCAAACAGCAAGCGCGCUUCGCUCGCCGUCGACCCCAACCACCGCACCUUCCCCGUUCAGAAGGACGCCGAAGCCGAUGGCGACGUCCUUUUCCCACUCAUCCACCUCUGUGGUGACGUGUUCGGCAACUGCGCCAACCUCCAAGAGGGUUUCAAGUCGCUCGUGACGUACCUCCCCCAGACGAAGAUUGCCCUCUACACUGCCAAAGAGUUCGAGAGCGUCAAGAACAACACGCCGCAACCACGACGGCAUUUCCGCCCGCCGAACAAGUCGAGAGGUGCAACGCGCUCCAGGUCUUCAUGGCCAUGGCCGUUUACGACGUCUCGUUCCAAGAACUCUUCAACCGAGCCGAGCCGAGGACCUGCAUGA